CUUAGCUUGACCAUUAUGUACCACUCCGCCCGCCUUGGCUGCCAGCGCCUCUUAUUUCAACCCUCUUAUUUCAACCACUGCAAUUGCAAGCCCCGGCCUGUCAGAUGCUGUCCUUGCAUCACCCUUUCUUCCCGCGUUUGAUCGAGAGCACGCGACCACCUCCGCAACCGACCACCUAAGCAUCAAUCUCCUGGUCCGCGGGCCGCCCACAACCGCCGCCCACAACCGCCGCCUGCUAUGCCUCCUCGUCCGCGCCGUUUCCGCUUCUUGGCGGUCUUCGCCGUCAUCACCCUCCUCGCCCUCUACCACUUUUCCGGCUCCGGCAGCGACCUCGGCUCGAAAUGGAGGGGCAGCUCGCUGACCGGCAGCGGAGCGUCCGACGACAAGAUUGACGUCCUCGUGCCGCCGCCCCAGGGCCCCAUCUCCAAGGAAGACAAGCAUCCCGAUGUUGUUGUGCCGGCCGCCGAGAAGACUCAGGACAAGCUCGAGCUGCCCUCAAUUACCGAGCCCACCAAGCCCGCGCAGAAAACCGCUCCGGCCUCGCUAGAGACUGCUGCGGCUCCCGGGAAGGGCAAGCCAUCAUCUCCUGACCACACCGUUGAAAGCGACUCGGAAGAGCAGGAGACUCUCGUGCCAGAAGAGCAUGACGAAGGCCGCAAGGAGGUCUUUGUCCACGAAGAAGCGGAUCCAAUCCACUGGAAGAAGCUGGAGGAGCAUUUCCCGGUGACGUCGACGAUACAAUUGCCCACGGGCUCGCCUAAGCCGGUGCCGAAGGUCCAGCACACUUUUGCCAAGGAAACACCUGAGCAGAAGAAGGAGCGCAUUGAGAAACUGGCUGCCAUCAAGGAGGCGUUCACUUUCUCGUGGCAGGGCUACAAGGACUACGCGUGGAUGAAGGAUGAGCUCUCGCCAGUGUCAAAUGGAAGCCGCAACCCAUUUGCUGGAUGGGGCGCCACGCUCGUCGACGCGCUGGACACGUUACACAUAAUGGGACUUGAGGAUGAAUUCGCGGAGGCGGUUAAAGCGGUGGGAGAGAUUGAUUUCACCACCACUUUCCGCAAGGAUAUUCCGCUGUUUGAGACGACCAUCAGGUAUUUGGGUGGUCUUCUCUCGGCUUACGACCUCAGCGAGGGAAAACACAAGGUUUUGCUGGACAAGGCCGUGGAGUUGGCAGAGAUCCUGAUGGGUGCUUUUGAUACACCCAACCGCAUGCCCGUUACGUAUUACCAUUGGAUGCCCACUUAUGCUUCGCAGCCUCAUCGAGCUGGAAACCGCGCCGUUCUUGCGGAAAUUGGCUCUUUGUCGAUGGAGUUUACGCGCCUCGCUCAGCUCACGAAGGAGCCCAAGUACUACGACGCUAUUGCACGCAUUACUGAUGCUUUUUACGAAUGGCAAGAUAAGACUCGCAUACCCGGCAUGUGGCCUGUUUACGUCGACGCCUCUGGUUGCCACAGGCAGAGCCGCGAUAGGCCAGCGCCUCCUGCGAACCCUGACAGACGUGUGUCGGAGGCGGCAGAGGCCAAGGCCGCAGGGGCUAAGGCAGCAGAGGAUAAGGCGGCAGAAGACAAGGCGGGGGAUGUCAAACUCUCGUCAACUAAAAAUGAGGAGAGUGCUGUUGUCACUGAUGGAAAAACGAAUGACAAAGUGAAGCCCGACCCUCAACGAUUCGACGUUAAGAACCCGGUUCCUGAUGAUGAUCAUGAUUUGCUGGGUAACUCGCUCUGGAAGCGACAAUUGGAUGAUGCGCUUUCUCUGGGCAAGGCGGCAGCUAUCUCGGACAAGGAUACCAAGAUGGCCCAGCACGCUUCGGCCCCUGAAAUCACGAAGCAAAACAUUAAGGCGGCGGCGGCAGCCGUCUCCGAGGAUCCCGAUUGCAUCCCGCAAGGCCUUACGUCUGUCUCUGCUACUGGCAGAGAGCAGUUCACGCUCGGCGGCAUGUCGGACUCCAUGUACGAGUAUUUCCCGAAGGAGUACCUUCUUCUCGGCGGUUUGGUUAAGGAAUACCAGGCCAUGUACGAAAAGUCCAUGGUCCCCGUACGCAACAAGUUGCUGUACAAGCCCAUGCUUCCGCCCGGAUCUCCCGAAGUGCUCUUCUCCGGAACCCUUGGUGUCAGCAUCCCCAACGUCGAAGGCAACAUGGGCGAGAUCCUGACGCCAGAGGGUGCCCAUCUCACCUGUUUCGCCGGUGGAAUGUUCGCGCUGGGUGCCAAGAUCUUCGGCAUCGAGUCCGACAUGGAGAUCGCGGAGCAACUGACUGAGGGCUGCGUCUGGGCCUACAAUGUCACGAACACGGGCAUCAUGCCCGAGUCCUUCCUGCUCGUGCCCUGCGACGACAUCAAGGGCUGCGAGUGGAACCAGACGCGGUACAACGAGGAGCUGGACCCUAGCCGGGAGGCGCGCAAGACGCACUACGAGCGGCAGAUGUCGCGGUACAGCAGCCAGGUAUCGGAAGCGCGGGCCAAGGCGACGGAAGCACCGGCGGAAGCGGCGACAACAGUGGCGGACAACGAAGCCGUCCCCACGGACGAGGUCAAGGUCGCCCAGGGCGUCAUCAAGCGCCAGCUCGGCGACGUCUCGCGCGACGAGGCGUACAAGAAGGCGAACGCGGACGCGCUGGCGGCCAAGGCCAAGGAGAUGGCGGGCAAGAAGCCAGCGGCGGGUGCGGAGGCCGCGGAGAAGGAGAAGCCGACUAAGACAGUUGAGACCGGGGCGCAGGAAGCGGAGGAGGAGGACCCCGAUAAGAAGGACCCGGUCAUCGCGCAUAUUUAUAAGCCGCAGAAGCCGCUGUCGCAUGAGGCGUAUGUUAAGAAUAGGAUUGAGAACGAGCGCCUGCCGUCGGGCGUCAAGGCCGUCACGAGCAGGGGUUAUAUUCUUCGCCCCGAAGCCAUCGAGUCAGUCUGGUACAUGUACCGGAUCAGCGGCUCAGCGCACUGGCGCGAAGUCGGGUGGGCGAUGUUCGAGGCCGUGCAGAAGCACUGCCGGGCCGCGUACGGCUAUUCGGCGAUCGACGACGUGACGCGGCUGGAGCCGGUGUCCAAGGACGAGAUGGAGAGUUUCUGGCUCGCCGAGACGCUCAAGUACUUUUACUUGCUGUUUGCGGACGAGGAGCUGGUGAGCUUGGAUGAUUGGGUCCUUAAUACUGAGGCGCAUCCUUUUAGACGACCGGAUGCGGGCGAGUAAGCAGUGGAGGGGGAGAGGGAGUCAUGAUUGAUGAGAGUUUUUUGAAAGUUGGUGAUGAUGGGUUGGUUGGGGUUAUUUUUUCUUUUGGUUUGGUCUGGUAUUUUUUGCGGGUUUGAGAAUAAGAAUUACGUUUACAUGCUUUUUUGAUGGGGUGAGGGAGUGUGCUGUUGUGAGGUGUGUUUGUAAGAAGAGGCGAGACCUAUGGACUUUCGGUUCUGCUUCUUUUGGCGUCUGGCUACUUCGCGAGUGUCUGUCCUCGUGGCAAUUCGAUGAUCGGUUAAUUUAUGCGCGUUAUCGUGCUAUGUGAGGGUCUGUCUUGCAUUAUUUGUAUACUAACUAACGCGCUUCAGACUACCUAAGGUGCUGAAUGUUGAUACAGACGUGAGCUC